AUGUCCAAACCUUCAGACCACAUCAAGCGACCCAUGAACGCCUUCAUGGUAUGGUCCCGAGGCCAGAGGCGCAAGAUGGCCCAGGAAAACCCCAAGAUGCACAACUCAGAGAUCAGCAAACGCCUAGGCGCCGAAUGGAAGCUUCUGUCCGAGGCAGAGAAGAGGCCGUACAUCGACGAGGCCAAGAGGCUACGCGCCCAGCACAUGAAGGAACACCCUGACUACAAGUACCGGCCGCGGCGCAAGCCCAAGAACCUGCUUAAGAAGGACAGGUAUGUCUUCCCCCUGCCCUACCUGGGCGACACGGACCCGCUCAAGGCGGCCGGCCUGCCCGUGGGGGCCUCCGACGGCCUCCUGAGCGCGCCCGAGAAAGCCCGGGCCUUCUUGCCGCCAGCCUCGGCGCCCUACUCCCUGCUGGACCCCGCGCAGUUUAGCUCAAGCGCCAUCCAGAAGAUGGGUGAAGUGCCCCACACCUUGGCCACCGGCGCACUGCCCUACGCGUCCACCCUGGGCUACCAGAACGGCGCCUUCGGCAGCCUCAGCUGCCCCAGCCAACACACGCACACGCACCCGUCCCCCACCAAUCCGGGCUACGUGGUGCCCUGUAACUGUACCGCCUGGUCUGCCUCCACCCUGCAGCCCCCCGUCGCCUACAUCCUCUUCCCGGGCAUGACCAAGACUGGCAUAGACCCUUAUUCGUCAGCCCAUGCCACGGCCAUGUAACCCCCAGCCCAGCCCACCAGACCUGGAGGGUGGCCUGGAAGUGGGGUCUGCACCCUGUCCUCUGCGCCUAGCCCGGGCCUGCAGACGCCUCCGGGUGAGCCGUGCCGCUGCCCGCUACCCUACCCCAGACUCUGCCUC